UCUGGCAACAGUACAUACUUCCGGCAUUUAAGGUAUCGGAUGGAAACGAUUGCGAAGGAUUAGCUGGAAAUAAUAAUAAUAAUAAUAAUAAUAAUAAUAAUAACAACAAUAAUAAUAAGAAGUAAUCGGGUGACCAUGCGUGACGGAACCGUCCCGGAGAGCACAGCGAGGCUUGUGGGUCGAUCCUCUUUCCAUGUGAAGCAGUAGCUGCACACACUUCUCCUGCUCGGGGAGGUCUUUGUGUCUUCGCGAUGCUCGAAACACCACCUGGGUUUCCCUUUGAAGAUAUCAAACGGGAAGACAUUGAAGUCGGAGAGGUUAUCGGGAGAGGGACGUUUGGCGUUGUGUACAAGGCCAAAUGGAAAGGCAAAGAUGUGGCCAUCAAGACCAUCGAGAGUGAGGACGAGAGGACCGCUUUCAUCGUGGAGCGUCGUCAGCUGUCCAGGGUCAACCACCCCAACAUCGUGAAGCUCUACGGCUCCUGUGACAGUCCGGUGGGUCUCGUCAUGGAAUAUGCUGAAGGGGGAUCUCUGUACAACGUGCUGCACGGUGCGGAGCCUCUGGCGCAGUACACGGCGUCGCACGCCAUGAGCUGGUGUCUGCAGUGUGCCAAGGGCGUGGCCUAUCUGCACGCCAUGAAACCCAAGGCCCUCAUCCACCGCGACCUCAAGCCCCCCAAUCUGCUGCUGGUGGCGUGCGGCACAGUGCUGAAGAUCUGCGACUUCGGGACGGCGUGCGACAUCCAGACCCACAUGACCAACAACAAGGGCAGCGCGGCCUGGAUGGCCCCCGAGGUGUUCGAGGGCAGUAACUACAGUGAGAAGUGUGACGUGUUCAGCUGGGGCAUCAUCCUGUGGGAGGUGAUCACGCGCAGGAAGCCCUUCGACGAGAUCGGAGGCUCGGCCUUCUGCAUCAUGUGGGCGGUCCACAGAGGCACCAGGCCCCCUAUGAUCAGAGACGUCCCUCCCACCUUGGAGAGUCUGAUGACGCGGUGCUGGGACAAGGAGCCCAGCCAGAGACCUCCAAUGGAGGAGGUGAAGAACACCAUGGGGGGUCUCAUGAAGUAUUUCCCCGGCUCUGAAGAGCCCCUCCAGCUCCCCCACCAGUAUUCAGGCAACAGGAGUGGCUCCUCCUCAGGCACCAGCACCGGAUCGUAUGCGGACUACACCCUCAACAACCGCAGCGGGAGUGGUGGGGUGGACCAGGGCGGGGGGUCGCAGGGGCGGGAAGAGACCCUGAAGAGCAUCGAGGUCCCAGUGCCCUUCAAGCCCUCCAAGACGGGCACACUGCGGCCCAGUCUGCCCCUGUCCAGGAGGUCCAGCUCUGAUAGCCAACCAGGACGCUCUCAGAGCCCUGCGCACUCUUCCGGGCCCACCUCCAUGCCCGUCAGCCAAUCAGAGCUCAGGUUACCUCUGAGUCCUUCUGCUACCAACGGGGUGGACAGCUCCAUACCCAUGGCCUACCUGACACUGGACCACCAGCUACAGCCCCUGGCCCCAUGCCCCAACUCCAAAGAGUCCAUGGCGGUGUUUGAGCAGCACUGCAGGAUGGCUCAGGAGUACCUGAAGAUCCAGACCGAGAUCACACUGCUCGCCCACAGGAAGACGGAGUUGAUCUCAGAGCUGCAACAGGACGAGAGGGAGACGCAGAACGCCACACGCCUGGCCCAGGAUCACUGCCAGCUGCUGGAGGACAACAGGGGGCUGUCGGACUACUACCAGGGCCUCAAGAGCCAGAGCCAGCAGCAGCAGAGCCAGCAGCAGCAGAGCCAGCAGCAGCAGAGCCAGCAGCAGCAGAGCCAGCAGCAGCAGAGCCAGCAGCAACAGAACCAGCAGCAGCAGAACCAGCAUCAUUAGCAGCUGCAUCAGUACACCUUUUAACAACAACUACAGCAGCAGCAUCUAGGAACACCAGCAACACAGCUAGUGGAGAGGGGACGGGCAAAGGUUUGCUGCUGUAGACAGGAGAGGAGGUUUCCCGUGUGUGUGUGUGUGUGUGUGUGUGUGUGUGUGUGUGUGUGUGUGUGUGUGUGUGUGUGUGUGUGUGUGUGUGUGUGUGUGUGUGUGUGUGUGUGUGUGUGUGUGCAUCCUUCAGCAGUCUAUAUAAACUCUGUACCCACAGGCAACAGACGCCCGUGCACAUCAAUUUGUUUUAUGGUUUGCCGUGAGAGCUGAUCCCAGGUCACACUGCCGGCGUGCUUGUGUGUGUGUGUGUGUGUCCACUAGGACUUGGGAGUCUGCCACAAAGGAGAACUGUACCGAGCUCUAAAAGAAAUAGGAAGAGUUGCUCCUUCCACUUCAUAUUCUUUGCCCCCCCCAAUCGCAGCCUCAGGUGUCGUCUGUCGCCACGGAAGUCGCGGCCUACAGUGCCUGGAGUGGUUCUUAGGACGACGGAAGCUGCUGAGCCUGUUCUGCCUUUGUUUGCCAAAUCGCUGCCUUCCGGCACAAUGGGGACGGUCCAUUGGUCCGCAGUCCCGCGGCCGUCCUCAAUGGCACAGGCGCAACUCAGAAAAACACUGUUUUUCUCUCAGCGUUUGUGUUUGUUAACGCACAAAAAACAAGGUAUUUUUCGCAGGUUGGUUUAAA